AUGGUUCUUCUGUCGAAAAUCACAGAAGAAGCAAUUGUGGAUAAUUUACGAAAACGUUAUAUGGAUGAUUACAUAUUUACUUGCAUCGGAUCUGUAUUAAUAUCUGUUAAUCCUUUUAAACAAAUGCCUUAUUUCACCGAUAAAGAAAUUGAAACAUAUCAGGGAGCAGCUCCUUAUGAAAAUCCACCUCAUAUUUAUGGAUUGGCAGAUGAGAUGUUUAGAAACAUGAUCAUAGAUAGAGAAAAUCAAUGUGUUAUAAUAAGUGGAGAGUCUGGAGCUGGAAAAACAGUGGCAGCUAAAUAUAUUAUGUCAUUUAUUACCAAAGUAUCGGGAGGUGGUUUAAAAGUUCAACAUGUGAAAAAUGUCGUUUUAAAAUCAAAUCCAUUAUUAGAAGCUUUUGGAAAUGCCAAAACUGUCAGAAAUAAUAAUUCGAGCAGAUUUGGGAAGUAUGUUGAAAUGUUAUUUGACGUUAGAGGUGAGCCAAUUGGAGGUAAAAUUUCAAAUUUUUUAUUGGAAAAAUCUCGAGAUCUUGGUAUAUUAAAUCCUGAAUAUUUUAAUUAUCUUACCUUUGGUGGAAAUUACUUAGUCGAAGGUACAAACGAUGCCAAAAAUUUUAAAGAAACUCUGGAAGCUAUGAAUGUAAUGGGUUUGAGCAAAAAAAAACAAUUCUCCAUUUUAAAAAUUGUGUCUUCUGUACUGCACUUGGGAAAUAUAAAUUUUUCCAAAAAUGGAAAUUAUGCCGUUGUCGAAAACGAAAAAUUUUUAACUUAUCCUGCUUAUUUGCUUGAUGUAAAAGUUGAAGAAUUAAAAUCAAAACUUAUUAGUAGGAAAUUUGAUGGAAAAUGGGGAUCCCAGUCGGAUACCGUAAAUGUAACAUUAAACAUCGAACAAGCUUGUUACACAAGGGAUGCUCUCGCUAAAGCUAUUUAUUCGAAAUUAUUUGAUUAUUUAGUCAAUGUCGUUAAUGAUGCGAUGGCAACUAAGGCAAACACUUACAACGUAGGAAUUUUGGAUAUUUACGGAUUUGAAAUAUUUGACAAAAAUGGUUUCGAACAGUUUUGCAUUAAUUUCGUUAAUGAAAAACUUCAACAAAUAUUUAUAGAAUUGACUCUUAAAUCCGAACAGGAAGAAUACGCCGCGGAAAAAAUCGAAUGGACUCCGAUUCAUUAUUUCAAUAAUAAAAUCGUUUGCGAAUUGAUCGAGGGUAAAAAACCACCGGGAAUAUUUUGCAUAUUGGACGAUGUGUGUGCCACGCUUCACGCCGUGUCCUCCGGUGCUGAUUUGGAUUUUCAAAAGAAACUCAAUAAAGCCGUCCGACAGCACGAUCAUUACGUCGAGGGAAACGAUAGUUUUAUAAUUCAUCAUUACGCGGGAAAAGUUUCCUACGACGUACACGGUUUUUGCGAUAAAAAUCGCGACGUUUUAUUUUCCGAUUUGGUGGAAUUGAUGCAAUCGAGCGAAAGCAAAUUACUUUGUAGACUUUUUCAACACGAGGAUCGCAGCAGCGGCAGCAGCAGCAAUAGAAGAAAGUCACGUCCGACUACGGCGGGAAAUAAAAUUCGUACUCAAGCAAAUGCGCUCGUGGAAAAAUUAAAAAAUUGCAGGCCUCAUUACGUGAGAUGCAUAAAACCGAACGAAACGAAAAAGUCGAAAGAAUGGCUGGAGUCCAGCGUGAGGCAUCAAGUCGAAUAUCUCGGGCUCAAGGAAAAUAUAAGAGUGCGAAGAGCCGGAUUUGCUUAUCGAAGACUUUUUCAAAAAUUUUUAUUCAGAUACGGUAUAUUAACCAAAGAAACAAAAAACGGUCGUUUUUGGCGGGGAGGAGAUGACAAAUCUGGAGUUGAAUGGAUCAUGAAAAAAUUAAACAUUCCACUGGGAUCUUAUCAGUUGGGAAUGACAAAAGUUUUUAUCAAAGCUCCCGAAACGCUUUUCAUGCUCGAAGAAAUGCGGGAAAAGAAAUACAACGAUUAUGCUCGAAUCAUACAGAAAGCGUUUAAAAAACAUUUCGCACGCCGACAGCGCGACAAAGAAAAAUUGGAAGCCUCGAAUUUGGUCGUAGGAAAAAAACAAAGGAGAAAAAAUUCGCUGAAUAGAAAUUUUGUGGGAGACUACGUCGGAGUGGGUCACGUUCCGUCGUUGGUGACAUUAAUCGGACGAAAAGAAAAAAUCGUUUUCGCGCAAACUGUUAAAAAAUACGACAGGAAUUUCAAAACGAAUCAAAGAUGUUUAAUUCUCACGGAAACGACUUUGUUUCUUAUCGAAACAAGAGACAAAACGUGUAGGGAAACGAUAAAGAGGAAAAUCGAUUUGGAAAAAAUUGACGGAGUUACUCUGAGCACGCUGAAGGAUGAUUUGAUCGUGAUACGAGUGAGAGAAAGUUACGACAGCCUUUUAGAAAUCACGUUCAAAACGGAAUUUUUGUAUUGUCUGAGUAAAAAGUACGAAUCGAGAGUCGGAAGUCCUUUAACCAUAACGUUUUCGAACAAGUUUGAAUUUAAAAUCAAAAAAGAAGAUUGGGGAGGAGGAGGAGGAAUGAGAUUCGUGAAUUUCAUACAGAGCGAGAGCGACAAUCUAGGAGAGCUGGAAAUUUUUAAAUCGUCGGGAAAAGUUUUAAACGUUACCGUGUCCAGGGGUUUACCCAACACUUCAGGUACGCGCGCGUUUCCGGAAAAAAGUAACGUAGCAUCUAGUCACAAGAAAAACAGUACAACAAAAAACAUACAAGUAUUUAAAGGAUCAGCUGCUCCACCGCCUCCGAGUGAUCCCGUACCACCCAAUCAACCUGUAAUAUCAUCAUUUAAAUUCAACUACCAAAGAUUUAACGAAGGAAAAUCCAAAGAAAUCAUUCCGAACGGGUUACUCGCUCACGUGACAAAUACCAACACCGUUACCAAUGAUAAUAUUCUCAAAUCCAAGAUGGAGAAACCGAUACCCGGAGGUGGGAAACCCAGGCCUCCUCUAAAGCCCAAACCCGUCAUGCUAUCGAGGUGCAAAGCCGUGUACGAUUACGUGGCUCAAGAUUUGGACGAACUUUCCCUAACGUACGGAGAUAUAAUAACGAUAGUCAAAGAACAUGAAGGCGGUUGGUGGCAGGGACGUCUGAAAGGAAAAGAAGGAUUGUUUCCUUCGAAUUACGUGGAAAAAAUGUGA